AGAGUGAAGCAAGAAAAUACUGAGGAACAAACAGGUCUGAAGACACCGAAAGAUGAGAGUCAAGAACUGAAUGAAAUGGAAGAGAAAAAACACUACAUGAAACAUGAUUUCAUUAUUGGUGAAAAAUCCAGACAGACAGACAAGAAGACUUCAUCACAAAAAAGUUAUCUGAAUACAAAAUCUAACAAAUGUUUCACCUGCCGUCAGUGUGGAAGGAUUUUCAAUCAAAAACAAAACCUCAAUGUCCACAUGAGAAUUCACACUGGAGAGAAGCCUUUCAGCUGCCAACAGUGUGAAAAAACUUUCACUCAAAAAGGAAACCUUAAAGUCCACAUGAAAGUUCACACCAAAGAGAAUUCUUUCACCUGCCAACAGUGUGGGAAAACUUUCAAACAAAAAGGAGCCCUUAAAAGGCACAUGAGAAUUCACACCGGAGAGAAAUCUUUCACCUGCCAACAGUGUGGGAAAAGUUUCACUCAAAAAGGCGCCCUUAAAAGGCACAUGAGAAUUCACACCGGAGAGAAGCCUUACACGUGUCAACUGUGUGGAAAGAGCUUCACAACAGAACUAAACCGUAGGUAUCACAUGAACAUUCACAAUGGCGUGAAGUCGUUCACUUGUGAUCAGUGUGGAAAGAAAUUCACACGUAAAGUAACCCUUAAUCAGCACAUAAGGAUUCACUCAAGAGAGAAUUGUUUUAUAUGCGAUCAGUGUGGAAAAAGUUACUCAAGCAUGAAACGCCUAAACAAGCAUGUAGUAAUUCACUCUGGAGAGCAGCAGCUCGAUUGCCAGCAGUGUGGAAAAAGUUUCAGUCAUAAAAUAAGCCUUAAGGCUCACAUGAGACUUCACACUGGAGAGAAACCUUAUACGUGCCCUCAGUGUGGAAAGCGUUUCACUUAUAAACCAUCCCUUGAUUGCCACAUGAGAGAUCACACUGGAGUAAGGCCUUAUAUAUGCAAACAGUGUGGAAAGAGCUUCUCACAAAAAGGAAAUCUGAAGACUCACAUGAUAAUUCACACUGGAGAGAAGCCUUUCAAAUGCCAGGACUGUGGAAGGUGUUUCAACCGUAAAGUAAGCCUUAAGACUCACAUGAGAAUUCACACUGGAGAAAAGCCUUACACAUGCCCUCAAUGUAAAAAGCGUUUCACAUAUCAAGGACACUUCAAACAUCAUUUGCAAGCGGGUUGUGGAAAGAAAUUGCAGUGUUCUGAGUGUGACAAAAGCUUUAGGAAAAGUAGCAAUUUCAAAAAUCACGUGUGCAUUCGCUCUGAAGAAAGACGAUUUAAUUGUGGUCAAUGUAAUAUAAAAUUUAUUUUGCCAUCACACCUACAGAUACACCUGAAAAGUCACACAGAUGUGAGACGCUAUUUGUGUUCCUUGUGUGGUAAGAGAUUUAAAUGGCUCAGCAGUUUCAAAUGGCACCAGAAAAUACGGAUCUGUGUGAAAUUAAGGCUCCGUUCACACCGUCGCCAAAUCUGAUGACCUUUUCCUCCUUAUACUUUCCAUUUAGACUUUAUUUUCUUGUCAUGAACACAUCGACGACUCUGAACUCCACAUUUGACCAUCUCAAUUUGUAAUGUUGAGUGGUCGCCGUAGAUGCCCUCUAAUUUUGCUUGUAUUGAGGUGUCGCUCCAUUUCAUGUACUGAUACCUUGGGAUCAAAAUAUUAGUAAUAUUAAACUUCUAUCUUACUGUGGAAUGCCACAAUGUCACUGAACGAUUGUAAAUAAAAAUAC